UGUUUUUAAUUAAUAACAAACUGCGUAUAUCCAUAGUAGUCUCGUUGUUACUUUGACGUAAACUGCUCUAAAAGUAGAGUACGAUUUUCCUCUUUCUCCAGAUAGUUUAAGAAAAUAAAAAAACUUCUCAAGUGGAGGCACCGUAUAUAAAAGUGUAACGGAAAAGUCAGUAAGAAUAGACCCAAACUAUUUCAGUGAUUAAAGCCUAGAAAAUAUUUUUCAACCUAUGGAAUGGGAACAGGAUUAAAAAAAACUAUUGCAAAAUACAGUUAUUUCAUUAGUGCAGUGUUGUAGUCCUGGUAUACCUGUAUGGUCUUUAGGAAGAUACAUUGGUGAAGAGCCGUACGUUUGUCAGGCAAUGCAAAGGAAGGCUGAGUGUAUCUUUUCUAAUCCAGGAAAUCUUUUCUGCUAGUUAGUACUCUUGAGCCAGGGGAACUCUGGGUCCAAAGGUAUUGGGGAUAUAUUGAGAGUACGUAGGCGUACUUGGAUACUUUUUCUCUGUUUACUUCCAAGAAAGACCUCUGGUUAAGAUCUGCUUCUCUUUUGUGCUGAUGGUUGGCAGCGUUAAAUAUAUAUAAAUUAUGUAAAAUUAUUUAGGGUCCUGUUAAUGCCACUUCUGUACUACUUCGAAGGUUGAUGUCAGUAGUUUGGAAGAAAUAAUUCAGACUUGUUAGCAGACAAAUCACUUUCAUUUUAUCUUCAACUGUUAUGUAGCUAGAAUUCUGGUCUGUGAACUUCUCAAAUUUGCUAUUUUCUUUCUUCCAGUAUUUCACUAUGAAAAAUUUCAAACAAUGCAGAAAAGUUGAAUUGUACAGUAACUACCGAACCACCUGCGCAGCACUAACAUUUUCAAGACAGCUAUUACAUAGUAAAUAUUAAGGAACUGAAAUGAUCAAGUUUGAAAACCAGCGUAAAUAUAUAUCAGACCAAGAUAUUGUGAGCUCAUGUUUCUGGCUAGACCUAUGAUCAUUCCCAUGAGACUUCACUUCACCGUUUUCUCAAGUGUCUUCCUCAUCCCUAAUGUGUAAUCCUUCUACGUGGACCUGCUACUUUAGCUAAGAUAUGACCAGCAAUGAAUAGCAGUAAGAUAUGUGCUGAUUAGAAGGCUCACUUGUGCAGCGUGGAGGAUAAGACAGUGCCUUACAAAAAUGGGGUUUGGGAGUGACCUGAAGAAUUCACAUGAAGCUGUGUUAAAACUGCAAGACUGGGAAUUACGGUUACUGGAAACAGUGAAGAAAUUUAUGGCCCUGAGAAUAAAAAGUGAUAAAGAAUAUGCAUCUACUUUACAGAACCUUUGUAAUCAAGUUGAUAAGGAAAGUACUAUUCAAAUGAAUUAUGUCAGCAAUGUAUCUAAGUCUUGGCUACUUAUGAUUCAGCAGACAGAACAACUUAGUAAGAUAAUGAAGACACAUGCAGAGGACCUAAAUUCUGGACCCUUACACAGGCUCACCAUGAUGAUCAAAGACAAGCAACAGGUGAAGAAAAGUUAUAUAGGUGUUCAUCAGCAGAUAGAGGCAGAGAUGAUCAAGGUUACAAAGACAGAAUUAGAGAAAUUAAAAUCUAGCUAUAGACAAUUAAUAAAAGAAAUGAAUUCUGCCAAAGAGAAAUAUAAAGAAGCUUUAGCUAAAGGGAAAGAAACUGAAAAGGCCAAGGAACGUUACGACAAAGCCACAAUGAAACUUCAUAUGUUACAUAAUCAGUAUGUAUUGGCAUUGAAAGGGGCACAGCUUCAUCAGAAUCAAUAUUAUGACACCACACUUCCUCUGCUUCUGGACUCCUUACAAAAGAUGCAAGAAGAAAUGAUAAAAGCACUAAAAAGUAUAUUUGAUGAAUACAGCCAGAUAACCAGUCUUGUUACAGAGGAAAUAGUGAAUGUCCAUAAAGAGAUUCAGAUGUCGGUUGAACAGAUAGACCCUAGCACAGAAUACAAUAAUUUUAUAGAUGUUCACAGAACAACGGCUGCUAAAGAGCAAGAAAUUGAGUUUGAUACUUCCUUACUAGAAGAAAAUGAAAAUCUUCAGGCAAAUGAGAUUAUGUGGAAUAAUUUAACAGCAGAAAGUUUACAAGUAAUGUUGAAAACUUUAGCAGAGGAACUCAUGCAGACACAGCAGAUGCUUUUAAAUAAGGAGGAGGCUGUCCUGGAACUAGAGAAAAGAAUUGAGGAAUCUUCUAAGACCUAUGAAAAGAAGUCUGAUAUUGUGCUUCUGUUAAGCCAAAAACAGACACUUGAAGAGCUGAAACAGUCAGUCCAGCAGCUGAGAUGUACUGAGGCAAAGUUUACAGCACAGAAAGAAUUACUAGAGCAAAAAGUACAAGAAAAUGAUGGGAAGGAGCCACCUCCAGUAGUCAAUUAUGAAGAAGAUGCACGAUCAGUUACAUCUAUGGAAAGAAAGGAGAGGCUAUCCAAAUUUGAGUCUAUUCGUCAUUCAAUUGCUGGAAUAAUUAGGUCUCCAAAAUCUGCACUGGGCUCUUCAACAUUCUGUGAUACAAUCCCCAUAAGUGAGAAGCCCCUGGCAGAGCAGGACUGGUACCAUGGUGCAAUUCCCAGAAUAGAAGCGCAGGAUCUGUUAAAACAACAAGGAGACUUCUUGGUGCGAGAGAGUCAUGGGAAACCUGGUGAAUAUGUCCUUUCUGUAUUUUCUGAUGGACAAAGGAGACACUUUAUCAUACAAUUUGUUGAUAAUAUGUAUCGAUUUGAAGGCACUGGGUUUUCAAACAUCCCUCAACUUAUAGAUCAUCACUAUACAACAAAACAGGUCAUCACUAAGAAAUCAGGUGUAGUUCUGCUGAAUCCUAUUCCUAAGGAUAAGAAAUGGGUUCUCAAUCAUGAAGAUGUCACAUUGGGAGAAUUACUGGGCAAGGGAAAUUUUGGUGAAGUAUAUAAGGGCAUAUUAAAGGAUAAAACUGCUGUUGCUGUUAAAACAUGUAAAGAAGAUCUUCCUCAGGAACUGAAAAUAAAAUUUUUACAAGAAGCCAAAAUUCUCAAGCAAUAUGAUCAUCCCAAUAUUGUCAAACUUAUAGGAGUUUGCACACAAAGACAGCCUAUCUACAUCAUUAUGGAACUGGUUCCAGGAGGUGAUUUCCUCUCCUUCCUGAGAAAGAAAAAGGAUGAAAUAAAACUCAAACAAUUAGUGAAAUUUUCAUUAGAUGCUGCCUCUGGUAUGUCAUAUCUCGAGAGUAAAAACUGUAUACACAGGGAUCUUGCUGCAAGAAACUGCCUGGUAGGUGAAAAUAAUGUUCUAAAAAUCAGUGACUUUGGAAUGUCUCGUCAAGAGGAUGGUGGAGUGUAUUCAUCUUCUGGCUUAAAGCAGAUUCCCAUUAAAUGGACAGCACCAGAAGCUCUUAAUUAUGGAAGAUACAGUUCUGAGAGUGACGUGUGGAGCUUUGGCAUCCUCCUCUGGGAGACCUUUAGCUUAGGGGUCUGCCCAUACCCUGGAAUGACAAAUCAGCAAGCACGGGAACAAGUGGAGAGAGGAUACCGAAUGUCAGCCCCUCAGCAUUGUCCAGAGGACAUUUUUAAAAUUAUGAUGAAAUGUUGGGAUUAUAAACCUGAAAACCGCCCCAAGUUCAGUGAACUGCAGAAAGAGCUUGCUGUCAUCAAGAGGAAAGUCACAUAGUGACAGAAGUACAACAGCCUUCAGGACUCGGUCCUGCAGCUGAUGAUCUCGUUCUUCUCGUUAACAAUGAGUUCAUACCACGUUACCUGCAACAGUCUUCUAAGGUUAUUUUUUUUAUUAACUGUUUUUUUAAAUAUGUGCCAUUUAAAAAAAAGUCAAAGGCAAGUGCAUUCAAGAAACAGACAGUCCUACCAAGGGCUUGAUUAGCUCACCACAGCAAUCCUACCAUUUCAGGCCGUUGUACAUAGAAAAGCACAGGCUCUAAAUGAGAGAUGACACAGCUCUCUUUUUCACACCGGGACCAUUCACGUUUCUCAGAGGUUUUCUACUUCAGGCACAGUUCCUGGGCUGCUGUCCCAUGCCGCAGACCCCACUCAGUUGGUGCUAUAGGCUGCAUUGGUAAUGCCGUAUUGGCAGGACACAUUCCAACCACGGUUGGCUUUCUGCUCUGCCAAGGCAAGAUUACAUUUGUAAACAUCAUUUUAUUUUGGGAAUUAUUUGGACCUCCUAGAGUUUUUCUUUUCUUUCUUGCCAGAAAUAAGCACAGUGUAAGAAUCAUCACACUCCUUUAUUAUUACUAAGGCUGUCAUUUCCCUCCUCCUUUGUCCGGGCAUCAGAAAAUGAUGCGUGAAAUGUCCUCAGAGAGCACACCAUUAGAGUUGAGGCAGCAGCUUUUAAAGGAUGUUUUAGAGAGCUGUGACCGCAGGAAGUCAAUUUGAACAGGGGAGUGGUCUGGAGAAAGGAGCAGCCAGAGUAGUGAUCAGAGAAGAGAAGAAACAGAAAAUAUAAAAUCUGCCUUCUCAUCAGAGUUAUGCCUUUACACACACACUCCCGUUUUAUUUCAUGGUCUGAAUUCACGAGAAAGGUUUUAAGAAAUGUUUUCAGGAGUUCACAGAGAGAGCCUUCUUAAUGGCAACAAAUUUUUUUUUAGAGAAACUGCAAAGCACAAGUCCACAGAAAUAACAGCAUACUUUUGGUUAAAUACCUUCCCUUCAGAGAAAGACAUCCCAGAAUUUAAUGCUCUUCAUUUGUACCACUUUUCAGAGCUGUCAGAAUGUCAUGAUCCUAGUUCAUAAACACAUUCACAUGUGUACGUACACAAGUGCACGUGCGCAUGCGCGCACACACACACACACACACACACACACACACACACACACUCUCUCUCUCUCUCUCUCUCUCUCUCUCUCUCUCUCUCUCUCUCUUUUACUACCAAGAUGCAAGGCAGGUGUGAAUGGAGUAAACAGUUGAGAAGUCAAAUGAGCAUUAUUGAGGAGAAGGACACAGGGACAGCCCUCCUAUUUCCUCUCUUCCCUUCAUUUACCCUUAUACUGCUGCCUGGAAAUCCCUGUCAUUUGCUGACAGGUAUGUGAGUACAGUUCUGGAGAUGUUUCAUAUGGAUAAUACAUAACACAGAGUUAAAACUAGGAUUCUGUUGAGCUGAAUCUUAGCUGCAUCCAGGGAACUUACCCCGUGUUCUGUAUAUAGUUGCCUCUCAGGAUAAAUAUGUGUGUAAGAGAUGGUCAUGCUCAGGGGUAAAUGGGGCUUGGGAGCUUUUAUUAAGUGCUCAGGCCUGUGUCCAGAUAAAUAGCAUCUUAGUGAUUAUUUGGUCUACGUUCAUUGGAAGAGUUUAUAGUAUAGAAAAUUCCUCCUGCCCUCUCCAGCUGUUUGCUGCCUAUGAAUAUCAUUGCACAGGACUCACACCCAGUACUUUAAAGAGUAUAGAGGAUAAUACUGACAGAAAAAUGGCUUGUGUCUAUCAUUUUAAUCCCCUUGCAAGUUUUGUACACAUUUAAUGAGCAUUACAUCCAGACUGAAAUGAAAGCAUAAUAAACUUGCCCUCAAAAAUAUACUGCAAUAUACAAAGCAACUAUUUUUUAAUCAGCAUUGUUUCCCUUCUGUCAAAUAUAAAUAAAUGGAACCUUCUUUUGAUGGCAUAUACUGUGAUAAAUCAAAGCACAGACUCGUGAAUUAAGAUUAAGUUCUGGGGUCUUCAGGCACUUGCCAGCCUGCAAAAGUAAGAAUAAGAAGGGGACAUUUCCACCCUUCAUCAGUAUCUCCAAGUGAAUCUCUCCGACAUAUUCUUUGUUUAAAGAAAACAGCCUCCCAUCACUUGGCAGCCUCAAUGCUAAGCUCUCAGCAUGGAGAGAAAAUGAUGGUUUUGGCUUUAAUUUUGUGAACAAGACCUGAAGCUUAAUCUUUUCAUUCUGGUGUAAAGAAUGAACAUGCAUUGGUAUUUCACUCAUCCAGGCUGUUAGAAUUUGCAAUUCACAUCAAAACUCUGUGCUUAAAUUAAAGAAGCUUUUCAAAACAUCGUGACAUCUGCAGCAUUUAAAUUCUGUUUUAUUUUUUCUCCCAAAGCAGGCAAUUGUAUAGUUCAGGAUUAAUAAGUCACUGGGAGUCUUUCAGGAUCAUAUCAGUUGUAUAGAAUGUUAAAUUUAAUAUAGGCACAUGCAUUAAGAAAAACUAAUGCAAACCAUUUUUACUGUUAAUUUUGUUGUGCUUGAAGCAUAAUUUAUUCAUCCCUUCUGUCACUGAUAAUUAUUGGAAUUAUGUACUUUAGGAGGUUAAUCCAUACCCAAAAAGCAUACAUAUAAAUACUGUUCUGAAUUUGCAAGUUAAUGUAGGAAAGAAAGCUUCAGAAAUAUACAAAAUUCUAUGGCUUGUUUAGUAAGAAAACAGUUGUAACCAAAAUUGCUACUGGUCUGAAUGUAAUUAAGCCAGGUCACAAAUCUUUGUGUUGUUAAUGGAUUUUCCAGGAGGUGCAUAUAUCACUCCAAUACAGUUCCUGUCAUAAUUCCUUAAAUGUAUGAAUAUGGAGUAGGGGGCAGGUAAGCCCAGGCAGUCUAACUCUCACCUGCAUUUUUCUAUCUUGAAUCAGCAAGGAGUCUUUAUGAGAAAUAUUUAGGUAAUUCAUCAUUUUUCAAGGAAGGAAAUCUUUUAAUGUCAAAUUAAUGUUUAUUACCAAUAUGUGAAACCUAAAAUUAAUUUUGUAUUCCAUGUAAUCUAAGGUUACUUCCCAAAGCCAAUAUAUCCUUUCUUUUCCAGGAAAAUAAUAAUAAAGGAUUAACAAGUUUUGUUUAAACUUUCAAAAUCAGAGGCUUUAUUUCAAUAGCCCAUCCUGCCUCUGGGUCCCCAGUGAAAGGUCUCAUGUUAUCAUUUCUCUUUUAUCUCCCAAAUUUAAUAUAGGCAAUAAAGUUCUUCAUCCACAAUUCACCGUUUUAUCACAAAUACAUUAUUGAAACAUCCUACCACAGAUCAAUAUAGAACAUGAGCCUAAUUGUAUUAGUUAUUGUUCAGUGCACAUUUCACAAUUGUUUUUCAUUUGAGGGUUAUUUAAAAAAAAAAAAAUGUUUAGUCAUUGAAAUAGUCUUAAUUUCCUUUAAACCAUGAUAUGGUUUUCUUGUCUAUGUUAUACUCAUGUUUUAGUUUGCCAUAUGGUUUUAUGUAAAGUUUGGCUAAUACCACUAAAAUAACUAUGGCUUCACAACACUGGUGUGUCAAGAAGAAACUGUUUAAUUAUAAUAUAUGCCACACACUGAGGACCUUGUAGUGAGGUAAACAUAAAUAUGAGAAUGCAAAAAUACAUGUCUGGAUCAUAUGUCGCUGUCCUUCAGAGAUAUCUCAGUCACUCUGCUUUCUAAUUCAUUCUUGUGAGUCAUCAGAUCUUUUAAGAGUACCUGAAAACCUUACUUAGUUUACUCUGGAUACACUAUUUUGUGGCCGUGUGUCCUUCGAAGUGAGAUUAAUUGAUACUUUCUGAAAAGGGGUUGUUUGCCUCAGGCCUCUUCUUUUUACAUACACUCCCUUGAUCACACCAUUGAUGUUAGAUGUUUCUUCAACAGAAUUGACUGUCCAUAAGCACUGUUCUCAGUCAUGGAAAGACUGGCUUUUGUAUUUAGGAGGUCAGAGCCCCCACACAAAACAGAGAAUAACGCAAAAUAUACAGAACAACAAAGGGGCAGACAAUUGAAAAAGACGUUUUCUUUAUGUUUUAAUAUGUUAAUUAAAUGGGAGCAAAGAUUUUAUAUGAAAUGAGUUUAUAUUACAUUUCCAUUGUACUAUUAAGUUAGCGUGAAAGUUUGCCAUUAAAAUAAAGUGUUACCUCUUUUAUUACUCUGA